CCUACUCGCAUUGUCACAUUCCACAAGGUAACAGAUCACGACCCACGAGAUCGAAGAAUACACGCCCACACAGGCCGCUUGCGCACACACAAUCAGCGUAGCAUCUCACGGAAGUGCGUCCUCAAGUUCGGUAGCAAUGUCGACUCGAUGCUUCUUGGCGCUUGGCUGCAUUGCCGUGGCGGUGACGUCGCUCGCCGUGGCGCCGGCGGACGGCGCGAUCCUCCCGUGGUUCGGGAGCGGCGGCGGCGCUCGCGAUGAGGCGGUGGCAUCCCCGCUCCAGGAAGUGGCGCUGCUCGCCGACCCGUUCCGGAUCCUGGAGCACGUGCCCUUCGGCUUCGACCGCGAUGACGUGGCCAUGGUGUCCAUGGCCCGCGUGGACUGGCGCGAGACCGCCGACUCCCACGAGAUCGUUGUCGACGUGCCUGGGAUGAGGAAGGAGGACCUGAAGGUGGAGAUCGAGGAGAACCGGGUGCUACGGAUCAGCGGCGAGCGGCGGCGGGAGGUCGAAGAACGGAAGGGCGACCACUGGCACAGGGAGGAGCGCUCCUACGGCAAGUUCUGGCGCCAGAUGCGCCUCCCCGACAACGCGGACCUCGACUCCAUCGCGGCAAGCCUGGACGCCGGCGUUCUCACCGUGCGCUUCCGGAAGCUGGCGCCCGAACAGAUCAAGGGCCCGCGCGUGGUCGGUAUCGCCGGGGGCGACGACGGCGCCGCUGCCAAGAAGACCAUCGGCGAUGCCGGAGCCGCUGGUGGGGGAGAGCGCCAGGCCAAGAAAGUUGAACUCUGAAUUCUGAACUUUGCACUCAGUACGCUUGUCAGUCCCGCUUCUCAGUACAGUGUGUAGAAAAAUGUGAUGUACUCCUAGUUUGAUCGUAAGCGACGCCGAGUAGUCGAUUCACAGUCGCAUGUAAGAGAAGUUCACUGAGGAAAUAAGAUAUCUCAGAUUACUUUGUUUUGCCA